AUGGGUUUCAGCCCCCAGCUAGCCGUCAUUCUGCUCUGCCUUCUCGCAUGUACCGGGAACCAUAUCCACCAACUCAACGAAAGGCGUUUGAGAGAGAUCAUCAACAUUUUGAACCAGGUCACAAAAGAAAGGACGCCAUGCCUUGAGAUGGUUGUACCAGACGUUCUUAUAGCAACGGAGAACAUCACGGACAACGAGCUCAUCUGCAGGGCUUCCAAGGUGCUUCGCAAAUUUUAUUUAAAAGAUGAGAUAUCUCUGUGCUUGAAGAACAACUCUAGUGUUCUCAACGAACUGCAGAAACUCUUUAGGGCCUUCAGCCGGAAUCCACUGAAAAGCUGCACCGUGAAUGAGUCCACGUUCACAUCACUGAAAAACUUCCUGGCAAGCCUAAAAAGCAUCAUGCAAAAGAAAUACUCGCAGUACUGA